AUGCAAGCGAUAGGAACUUCGCCAAAGGCGCCUCUAGAGGGUGAGAGGGAUUUACUUAAAGGGAGAACUGCAAUGAUUUCGAUGCCUGAUUGGUCCACAAUGUACACGUGCAACCCUGCAGGGAAUAAAACAUUGUUUGAGUUAGAGGCAAUUGUUGUUAAGCGGCUGGAACUUCUGGGUUGGAUCGACCAGCUGCUGAACUCACCGAACAUGAAGAACCUCAGUCAACUACUUGACGAAGUGGGGGCCCACCUGCCACUUGAACGACGCAAACAGUCAACUCAGCCCGCGGCAGAUCACGUCGUCCUUGGGAGAGAUAGUGUCGAUGGCAGCACUUCUGACACCCCAGGAUCGCGUGCACCGCGGCACUCUUCUCGCUCAUUAACGGCCAUGUUGUCAACGCAGAAUGUCUUUGUGUUUGAGGGCGACGAGGAUCUUCUUUCCCAUCGGCUGGCCCGUUUUGUUUUCUGCAUGAGCGAAAAGUGGCGCAAAUGGUUCGUGCGCACGGAAGAGAUGCUCCUUCGUGCAAGGCUCAGGCUCCAGCUUGCAAAAUGUGAAGCUGAUUUUCUUCCCAACCUCAUGAGACUGAACGGUCUUCCUUGUGACGCCCUUACGGACGAUCAGCAACAGGACCCGCGCCUGCAGAAGUAUAUCAUCUACCAUACGGCUGUGCAAGGCAAGGGCCAGCUGCGCCGGGCCGAUGAGUAUUUUUUGGUUCCGUUGUCUCUAGCCACACGCUUGAUAAAGGCGCGUAGUGUCCUUUGCUUGCGGGGCCAUGCUAUCCUUCACCGAGAUCAGGUUCAAGAAGUGUUUGUAACCAUGUUCUUAUCGAAACUUAACAAAGGACUCCACGAGGCGUACCUCGCACGCAUGAAGCUGUCGUCACACGAAGAUCAUGAUGAAAGAGAAACCGUGAUGAAAAUGCUGGAUGCUUUUUUGGAGUAUUUUAUCGAGGACACCAUGAAUGAGGUGCAGGAAGCUUCGGCUGGUGCUGUAGGUGCUGGUGAUGUGCGCCAUCUUGCGCAGACACACUUCCCCCUUUGCAUGCGUCAGGUGGACGAGCACCUUCGCCGUGAAGGUCACCUUAAGCAUCAAGGGCGCUUCACAUACGGACUGUUCCUCAAAGCGAUCGGUUUGUCGAUGCAAGAUUCUAUGGUCCUCUUUUCUUCUUUGAUGACGUUGAAGGCUGGGGCUGCCGGGAAAGGGGACCCUGAAAGUUUUGCAAAAACAUCGUACGGGUACAAUAUACGUCACAACUACGGUAUGGAGGGUAAGAAAACUAGCUAUAGUUCACUCUCGUGUACAUCAUUGCUGGGUUUGCCCCCAGUUGUCGAUAAGUUUGAUUGUCACGGUUGUCCGUUUCGCUUCAAGAAUGAGAGUGCAUUCCGGGGGGUGUUGUUAAAAGAACAGCUCCACCCACUUGGAAAGGGCCACUCAUCAAUUAGGCUUGCUGCAAGUGACAUUGAAGAUAUUAUACAGGAUUGUAAAGGUCAGCAUUAUACACGGGCCUGCUACAAAUAUUUCAUGGCAACCCAUCCAGGCGCGCGCCGCGAUACGUUGUUUCGCUCCCCACACGAAUAUUAUGUAACAAGUCGCGAAAUGACUGAUAAGGUGGGGGACUCUCUAUCUGACUCAACCCCAGCACAUGAAACGCCCGGCAGGGAUAAUUUGAAGCGUUCGAUCUUCACACCCACCUUGCGCGAGGAUGUAGUCCGUCCGCGUGAUUCUUUGUAG